UCCUGGCUUAAUUUUUAACCAGAACAGUCUUAACCUACCACUAUGUUAGCCAGACCUUAUAAUUUCUCAAGAAUCAGAGUACUUGGCUUCAUAGUUCAUUUAAAAAUUCUUUAACUCGAAAGAUGAGCCUUUAGAGUACAGAAGUGCUGAAUUCACCAUAGAAAUGAUCUAGAACCCUCAAGAAUAUUUAUUCAUCUAUAAUAAUAAAGUAGUAAACCUAUUUAGUUUUGGCUAAUUAUUGCGGUGGACAGCCAUGGCUAUCUUAUCGCCUAAACUCGGGAAAGGGCUCGGUAAUUUUAUAGUUGGCCAAGAACUAGAAAAUAUGCAAAUCAUUAGUUUUGAAAUUUCAUAUAUUUUAACCCUGACUAGUCCAGAAGAGGCCAAUAAGAGAGAGAUUUUAAUAAAAGAGACAAGCUCAGAAUUAUUUGAAAGAAAAUUAAAAAGAAAUUCUGUUAAGCUAGCAAUUAAGGUUAAAGCAUUCAGUAAAGAGUCCAACAACUUCAGAGUAGACUCCUCUGCUCUCUUCAGGCAAGCUGGCAAUGAAUUGAUCAAGCCCGUUCUCAGUAAAGAACCUGAAGACCCUUCCGAUGUUCUUAUUGAAGAUAAUAUUCUCUAGUUUUGAAUGAGAAUAUUUUACUAGAGCCUUGGAUAGUAGUCUUAUGGACUCGUUCUUGUAAUUGAACAGACUCUUUGUUAUCUUGGUAUACUUGUUCAUCGAAAGCCAACAGAUCAGCUCUCUGAAUUCUUCAGUAUCCUCUUCUGCGAUAUCAGGAUGAUAUAGUCCUUGUCUUUCAGCAUCUUCCAAUAGUGUUUGCUUGAGGUCUUCAAAUGGAAUUUUAAGUUUGCUUGGCUUCUUGUCUCUUGAGCUGAAUCAACUAGCUAUAAACUUCUUGAAGGCUCUGAUUAUUCUCUUGUUAAUCACAUCUUUGCGAUGCUUAAGACCUGGACCACUCGAACUUGAAGUAUUUAAAAGAAUGUUAAUGGCAGUUCAAGACUGAUUAACAAUUUUAUUGGUCUGGAGUUGAGGGUUAUCAAAACUCUCUAAUCUUGGCUGAUGGUGAGUAUUCAGACUGCUAAUUACAGAGGAAUUUCUAUCUCUUCUUUUGGUUUGCCUUGUUUUUCACUGUUUGGGAUCAAGGCCGAAUGGGCCAUUUGAUAAAGAAAUAGUAUUUCUAGUUAUCUUGAAUAUUUUCAUAGGUCUGAAGGACUCCUUAUCAGAUUUAUCAGAGUCCAGAUUUCACUCCUUGGGUAUGAAAAGGGACUCUGACGUUAUAUCUUUGUGUGUAAAGUUUUGACUUAAAUAAUGGGUCAUAAAAUCAUAUUUUAUUAAUGGCUCCACCGUGAUCGAUUCUUUGAAUUGAUGAUCAUGAUUCUCAGUAUUCUUAACCAGAGCUUUGUUUUCAAAUCUAUCAACAAAUUGAUCCUCGGCCAUAGAUAACACAAUUCUGAGGUCUGACUUCAAAGAUUCUUCACGCUUGAGAAGACUAUCGUUGUUUCCUUUGAUAAACUCUAAACAGUGUAAAUUAGAGAGCCUGAUCUAACAUUAAAGAUUAUAUGCUGAUUAUUAUAUAAAGAAUUAAUCAAAUUUUAGCUUCCAAAUAGCUGAAAAAUGAAGAAAGUGUUCACUUCUAAAAGCAGAAAUUUUGGAAACAAUAUUGUAAGGACAUAUGGAUAUGAUUCGAAAAAUCUCUGUUGCCUUGCUCAGGUGCAUCAGCAUUCUUUAUUUUUAACAAAGAAACACUAGUUAAAUCAUAAAACCCUUUGAGUAAAGUAUUCUAUAAAUAUCUUGAUAAACUCUUUAGAGUACUCUUGAACUCGCACCAUUCUUCUAAAUACUUAAACCCUUUUAUUCAAAAAGUAUUUUCACCUUCAGCUCUCAAAUACCCCAAACUCCUCCAAAUCAUCUUUAAAUACUUUCAAAUCACCAUAACCUCCAAUAUCUUCUAUAUCCAGCCUCUCUGGCCUUCAUCUCCUCCAAUUCUUACCUUCUUGCAAAUCUCCACCGUAACUAUACAUUGUU